CACUGUCGUAAAACCCCCGUCAGUCCGUCAUCAACACUGAACUAAACAGAACUGUACAUGUCAAACAAAAAGCCAACACUGUAAAAUCCAUCAUAUUCAAAAUUCAACUAAUUAGAUGCCAGGUAGACGGAUGAAAUGCAGUCUAUGGAAGAUGACAGUCCUGACGUAACAGAUGACCAUAAUCACAACUACUGUGUCAGCAGUAAUCAAAGCUCUUUAACCAGCCAGCUGUCCGGGGUAAGAGCGCCUCAUCACCCCGCUACUUUAAUAGCAUCGAGAGGGGAACUAAACUUUGUUCGAAGGAGUUCGAGACCCCGCAGGACCGGCGGGUCAGAGUUCAUGGACUCGGACUCAUUCAGUAGUGAGUGUAGCGAAGAAGAAGAAGACACCGACUGUGCCACCGCCACAGCAGCCUCUGCUGAGGGCAAAUCCACCCCGGACUUGACUUCUAAGUUCCUUCUAGAUGCAAUGGCGGUAGAGGACUACCGUAAUAACCACUGGCCGAACUUGGAGAAGGCAAUCGAACGCCUGCUAGUUCAUAACCCCACGGAUCACAUCUCUGUUUCAUAUGCCCAGAUAUACAGUUAUGUCUACAAAUGUGUUUGUCAGCAACACUCGGAGCUCCUCUACAUGGACCUGAAAUCCAAAAUAGUGCAACAUCUGCAGCAAGUUUCCAGCCAGCUGCAUGCCGUCCCACCUGAAAGUUUCAUUGAAAGUUUCAACACAGCACUGACAAAGUACAUUGCAUCUCUUCAGUGUAUUGUUCCAGUAUUUAUGUAUUUGAACAAAUUCUACAUCGAGUCGAAGCUUAACCGUGACCUGAAACAAGAUCUGAUGGAUUUGUUUGCUGAUCAUGUCGCAGAGAAACAUAUCAACACACUCAUGCCGCUUCUCAUCAAAGCUCAUGCGAUGCCCUUCGAAGUGCAGCCAUCAACCAUGGCCAGUGUUGUUAUAGGCCUCCACAGCUUCCGACCAGAAUGGGCCCAGUUAGCGCCAGCACUGUUCUCCAGCUUUAUUCCUCAAAUCAACCCUCCCGCUGUGGAGUCAUUGCUGUCUGACUACGCCGCUCACGACCAGAAACUUCAGAUGGAGCUCUCCAUGAACGGCUUCCCACGAGGUGAUCAGUCUCUUAAACGGGCCAACGAUGACUCCUGAUUGGAAGAUGAACAUCAUCAUCACGUGUGUUACUUGUACUACUUAAGACACCUGUGUUCAUGUCAGGGCUUGGUGUCACAGAGGAACAGGAUUGUGAUGUGCUGCACAACAAAUCACACAGGAGGUACUUAAGUGGUCACUGGUGCGUGUUUAUAUCCAUGAUUUGUGACAGAGUGCCUUUAUGAGCGCUCAUCAGAUGUCCCAUGAAGGGAUAAGCGGAUGUAACUUGCAUUACUAACCUUUUGUCCUAAAAGUGUCUUGCAAUCCUUUCUAACAGAGACUUGCUGCUAUUAGCCAUACAGUAUUUUUGUAUGCAAACGCCAUGCCACUCCUUGUGACUGUGAAAUCUGCAGCUUCAUUCAACACAAGCGAGAAAUGGGAAGUAAACUGUAAUUUUCUUUCUAUUUUUGCCUUUACUGUGUCUCUAAACCUGAUUUUGUUUGCAGCUACGCCAAAGAGGAGUACUUUAAAUUCUGUGUACUGGUUCAAGCAAAUGUCAAAGAUGUUUGCUGCCUGUUUGUUGACUGUAUAUUUUUUAUACUAACAAUAUUUGGUUGUUCUCAUUGACUACGUUUACACUGCGGACUAAAGUGGCCUAGAUCUAUUUUUUUCCAAAUAUAUUUUUCCUAGAUGACUGUUUACACUGCAAGUAGAAUGUGAUCUUUAUCAAACUGCAGUAUAAAAGUGCACAGGCUCCAAUGUGGCCCCAAUGUGGUCUGGUCGUCACUUGCAUGCGCAGUUCGAUGAAGUGAAAACAAAAGAAGUUGACCGGAUUCAGUAAAUGAACAAAGAAGUCACUACUUUUACAAAAAAAAGUGGCUAUGACUUAAAAAUGUGUAUUUUUGUUUACAUGAAAAUAAUUUAAAGUGAUAUAAUUAUUUACGUACACAACUUUUGCAAUGUAAGUAACAUGUAAGCAAAUAAGGGACAUCAUAUGCUUCUAUUCCGUUCCUUCAACAACCACUAUUUCUUAAAAAUCAAAGUAUAUAAUAUAAAUCUUCAUAUAUUACAUAUCUAGUGAGUAGUGAUGCUCCGAAAAUUCAGUCGAAAAAAAAUGCUUUGCUCACCGGAACUGGAUAUUGUGAUGAUGUAUUUACUCCCGCUGGUGGGCUGCGUCUUUCCCCGCGCACAUGAAUGACGUAGCUCGCCCAAAGAUGACGAAAAAGUCACUAACACAUCAUAUUCCUGACACUUUUUCAUUUAUACAGAAGUCUCAUUUAAGGUCAGAUGCAGACUACCUCCUGAUGUGGCCUUAAAGGCCUACUGAAAUUAGAUUUUCUUAUUUAAACGGGGAUAGCAGGUCCAUUCUAUGUGUCAUACUUGAUCAUUUCGCGAUAUUGCCAUAUUUUUGCUGAAAGGAUUUAGUAGAGAACAUCGACUAGAAAAGUUUGUAACUUUUGGUGCUGAUAAAAAAGCCUCGCCUUUACCGGAAGUCGCAGACGAUGACGUCACAAGGGUGAAGGCUCCUCACGUCCUCACAUUGUUUUUAAUGGGAGCCUCCAGUAGCAAGAGCCAUUCGGACCGAGAAAACGACAAUCUCCCCAUUAAUUUGAGCGAGGAUGAAAGAUUCGUGGAUGAUGAUAUUGAUAGCGAAGGACUAGAAAA